UGGAUCUGAGCAACAAACUAAAAGAAUUGAGCUGUUGCUGCUUUGGAACCCUAAUCAAUCAGUAAAUCUCCAUCUUAGCUUCUCCGAUUUCGCUCCGGAUGCGAUCGAAUAUGGCCGAGUAAAAUCACGAUUCCUUGUGUAUCGGAUAUUUUGUGGGAAUGAUCAUUUUGGUUCUGAUCUCAAGCCGCUGAUGACAGCUAAUGGAUCUUUAAUGGAUGCACCAUUUGGUGCCAAUGAGAUCGACAAGAUGAAGGAUGUUGAAUCGAAUGACAUGGUUCCUUCCAAUGUCAACAACCCCCCAGAGAUGUUGAAGGAUGUUUCAAAAAAGGAUGAGUUGAACGAGAUAGUUACUACCGCUGAUAAUGUUGAUGAUGAAGAAAGGGUGGUGGGUAAGAUCGGAUCAAAUAAUGAUGAUCCCGUUCCUACGGUAGGAAUGGUAUUUAAAACGUACGAUGAAGCUUCGAACUACUAUAAACAGUAUGCUUUGCGAGUAGGGUUUGGCGUGGCUGUUAAGAAGUCAUCUUUCUCCAAAUCCGGAGUAUGUAGGAGGUUGAUACUUGGCUGCUCUAGAGGAGGCAGAGGACGCGCUGAUGCUUGUUACCUUGCAAGGCAGAGCGCGAAGACUAAUUGCGAGGCUAUGAUUGCGGUUAAGUUGUGGGGCGAUGGUUUGUUGCACGUUGUCGAUGCUAAACUCGAACACAACCAUCCGGUCAGCCCUUCCACUGCACAAUUCUUAAGAUGUUACCGAAAGAUGGCUCAUACAACGAAUCAUGUAAGACAUUGUGGACCUAGAAAUUCUCAUUGUGUUGAUAAGGAUUGCAUAAACAUGAUGGAAAUAGGGAGAUUGAAGCUUGGGGAAGGUGAUGAUGAAGCCAUUCAUCAAUUUUUCUCUCGGAUGCAAAAUAAGAAUCCACAGUUCUUUUACUCGGUGGAUCUGGACGAGCACAGUCGAAUGAGGAACCUUUUUUGGGCCGAUGCAAGGUCAAGAGCUGCGAAUCGGUAUUUUGGUGAUGUUGUUGCAUUUGAUACAACAUGCUUAACUGAAAAGCAUGAUAUGCCGCUUGUUUCUAUUGUUGGUGUGAAUCAUCACGGACAAAGUGUGCUCUUGGGUUGUGGGUUGCUUUCGAAGGAAACCGUUGAAACGUAUGUUUGGUUUUUUAAGACGUGGCUAACAUGCAUGAUGGAUUGCCACCCAAAUGCCAUCAUCACAGACCUGUGCAAACCGAUUCAGGAUGCGGUUGCGGAGGUUUUUUGCAGAAGCAGACAUCGUCUUUGCUUACAUAACAUAAUGAAGAAGGUGCACGAAAAGCUAAGGGGACAAGAGGAGUUCAAAGCUAUUAAGAAAGAAAUUAAGAAACUCGUCUACGAUUCAUUACGAGCUUACGAGUUCGAACGUGAAUGGAAGGAAAUGAUCGAAAAUUUUGGACUUGUAGACAAAGAAUGGCUCAUCAACUUGUAUAAUCAGCGGCAUUCAUGGGUUCCGCUUUUUCUUAAAGAUACGUUCUGGGCAGGCAUGUCUGUCACUCAACGCGGUGAGAGUUUAAGUACCUACUUCGAUGGAUGCGUGUAUCCAAGGACUACUAUAAAGCACUUUUUGAGUAAAUAUGAAACUAUCAUUCAAAGUAAGUGCAAGAAGGAAGCUCAAGCGGACUCUGAAUCAUUCCACAAGACACCUCUUAUAGCAUCGAAAUUUUACAUGGAAGAACAGCUAUCCAAGCUCUACACCAUUAACAUGUUUCAAAAAUUCCAAGAUGAGCUAAAAGCCACCAUGUAUUGUCACGCCUCACCAAUUAAGAUAGAUGGGUCCGUUCAUAUAUUCGAGGUCAAAGAAUGUUCGUAUAUCGAGAAUGGAAAGCGGACACAGAGCAAGGAUCACGAGGUCUUCUUCAACGCAGAAGAACUAGCCAUUCAAUGCAUUUGUGGUUUCUUUCAAUUUAAUGGAAUUUUAUGUAGACAUUCGUUAUCAGUGUUUAUGUUGCAACAAGUUUUUGAGAUCCCAUCUCAUUAUAUUCUCAAUAGAUGGAAAAAAGAUUUUAAGAGAUUGCAGAUUUUGGCUAAUAGUAAUGGUGAUAUAGUAUCUGAAAACUUAGGGGAUCGUCAUUACUACUUAUCGAUGCGUUUUCUUGAACUCGUUGAAGUUGGGUUUUUAUCUGAAGAGAGGUACCAGCUUGCUUUAAAGCUAAUGAGAGAGCUGGAGAAGGUUCUCUUAGAUGGCUCAGGAUGCAGGGAGAGGCAACCAAGGCUUCUUGGAUUCGAAACUCAGCCGAGUCAACAGGAACCUUUGGCAUCUCGAUUCGUUACCUCGGAUUGUAAUAAGAGCCUGAGUUCACUGCAGACGAAACGAAGAGGUAGGCCGCAGAAAAGGUUUGAAAAAUUAAAUUUGGAGUCGCUCGUCCGGACAAACAAGGAGCAGGAUUUUCUAAGGUCAUCUCUCCCUCAGAGUGAGACCACCCCUGUCCUACAACCUGCCUCAGCUAGUUUGCAUCAGGAUUUGAUGGAGGAAGUUAACCUGAACGAGCUUUCGUUCAGCGCGCAUUUUGGAAUGCAUGUGAAUCAAGAGCAAAUUGGCAGUCAACCGAGGAUGCAGCCUAGUAAUUUGUUUCAGGUUCAGUAUGAACAGCAGGCAUUAGGAACACCAACUAGAAUGCCGUGGCUUUAUAACCAAAUGAAGAUCAAAUUCCGAAAGCACCUUCUGCUCGAAGAAAUGGAUAACAGAGAGGGGGCAUCCAUCCAGUGAUGAUGUGCUAUAUGUUUGCACUAUGCUGCAAGUUUUUCUGAAGGUGCAAUUUCAGUUGCCAACAUAUCCUGGUACGCAUAUUUCCCUGGAGAUUAAAAGACUUCGAUGGUGUUGAGAUGGAAGAGAAUAAUAUCGAGUUUUCAGACAUUAACUUGCCUGCGCUGAUGCUAAAGUUAUUCGGGAGACGAUCUGUGCAACCCCAACACAUUGCAUCCAGCUCCGAGGUCCUCAUCAUCAUCAGCAAUACUAGCUCUAAAGGACAGAACCUCGAUCAUCAUGGAUGGCACGUUCAUGGAUUGCAUUCUAACAAUGCGCCACGAGUCGAGACCACUUCUUUCUCUGUGAGCGAUUGCUCAGCCCAUCAAGUAACAUAUGAUCAAACACAACCAAUUUUUUUCUUCUACUCGAAAAUAAGAAACAAGGUGGUUUGCCACCCCAUAUAUUAUUUCAUAUUAUUUUGUUUUCUUUUAUUUU